AUGCUUGUCCCCGGCCAGGUCAGCAUCCAAUUCCCGUGUUGUAAGAGAUGGUACGAGUGCCCGGAGUGUCACGACGAGCGUGAGAAUCACCCCCAACGUAUAAGUACAAAAAACGUGGCGUUCGCGUGCAAGACGUGCCGGAAGAUUUUCGUGAAAGAUCUCAGCAUCUACGGUACAGAGGACAGCGCUUGCCCGCACUGCGAGACGGUGUUUGUGCUACCUGCGGUGACUCCCGAGGCAAAGGUGGCGCAACUCGCGCUGAGCAUACUAGCGGCGGAGGUGUCCGCUGAAGUGUCAAAGUUCUGA